AUGCUACCCUCUUGGGCCACGCUGCCAUGGGCCAGUCAGAGCCGUGCACAUGAGCUGGAGUUUGUGCUGCUGGGUUUCGCACACGCGCCCUCGCUGCGCCCAAUGCUCUCAGCACUCUUCCUGGCCGCCUUCCUGCUCACAUUGCUAGGCAACGCGCUCAUCGUUAUCCUCACCAGCCUGGACCCAGGUCUGCGCGCACCCAUGUACUUCUUCCUGCGCCAGCUGGCACUGGUGGAGAUCUGCUUCUCUCUGGACGUAGCACCCCGUCUGCUGGUGACGCUGCUGUGGCCAGGAUGUGGGGUGUCCCCCACAAGCUGCGCCCUGCAGCUCCUUCUUGUGCUGUCCUGUGUCACAUCUGAAUGCUUCCUCCUCACAGUCAUGGCCUGGGACCGCUUCUUGGCCAUUUGUAGACCACUGCGCUAUGGCGCCAUCAUGAGCCCGCGGCUGUGCUACCUGUUGUCCACCACCUGCUGGCUGGCGGGAAUCCCCGUGGCACUGAUCUUCACCAUCUGGCUCUUUAACUUCCCCUUCUGUGGGCCGCGUGGCAUCCGACACUUCUUCUGUGACAUAGCGCCUCUGCUGAGCCUGGUGUGUGCAGACACCAGAGUCUUCGAGGCCAAAGUGUUCGUGGCCACUGUCCUUGUCAUCAUGGUUCCCUUCUGUCUCAUAGCCGCAUCUUAUAUCAUGAUUCUGGCUGCUGUCCUUCGGAUGUCGUCAGCCUCUGGGCGCCACAAGGCCCUGUCCACCUGUGCCUCCCACCUCAUCGUGGUAAUUCUGUUUUAUGGCACCACGGGGGUCAUCCACUUGUGCCCCAAGGCCAGCUAUUCUCCUGAAAGCAAGCAAGUGGUGUCCCUGUCAUACACCAUGGUGACCCCCAUGCUCAACCCCCUCAUCUACAGCCUGUGGAACAAGGAGGUCAAGGCUGCCCUAGAUCGUGUCUUUAUUCAGAGACGAGCUACUUUCACCCCCCUGACCUCUGUAUGA